AUGUCGGUCUUCAGGCUGGGUGACCACGUGUGGCUGAACCCCACCUUUGCCAACAAAACCAGCAUCGCCAUCGGGGGCGUCGUCAAAGAAACAAAGCCUGGCAAGACCCUGAUUGAAGAUGAUGAGGGCAAGGAACACUGGGUCCAGACAGAGGACCUUGGCACCCUCAGCCCCAUGCACCCCAACUUGGCUCAGGGUGUCGACGACAUGAUCCAUCUGGGGGACCUGAAUGAAGCAGGCAUGGUGCACAACCUCCUGAUCCGCUACCAGCAGCACAAGAUCUACACGUACACAGGCUCCAUCCUGGUGGCCGUGAAUCCGUUCCAGGUGCUGCCGCUCUACACGCGGGAGCAGGUGCAGCUAUACUACAACCGCCACAUGGGAGAGCUGCCUCCGCACGUCUUCGCUGUGGCCAACAACUGCUACUUCAACAUGCAGAGGAACAAGAGGGACCAGUGCUGCAUCAUCAGCGGCGAGUCUGGGGCGGGGAAGACGGAGACCACCAAGCUCAUCUUGCAGUUCCUGGCCACCGUCAGCGGCCAGCAUUCCUGGAUUGAGCAGCAGGUGCUGGAGGCCAACCCCAUCCUGGAAGCCUUUGGAAAUGCCAAGACAAUUCGAAAUGACAACUCGAGCCGCUUCGGGAAGUACAUCGACAUCUACUUCAACCCCAGCGGGGUGAUUGAAAAUGCACGCAUCGAGCAGUUUCUCCUGGAGAAGUCCAGGGUCUGCCGGCAGGCCCCGGGGGAGCGGAACUACCACAUCUUCUACUGCAUGCUCAUGGGGAUGCGCGCUGAGGAGAAGCAGCUGCUGAGCCUGGGGACGCCCCCCGAGUACCACUACCUGACCAUGGGGAACUGCACCUCCUGCGAAGGGGUGGACGACGCCAGGGACUACGCUCACGUGCGCUCGGCACUGAAGAUUCUCAUGUUCUCGGACGCUGAUAACUGGGACCUCAGCAAGCUGCUGGCGGCCAUUCUGCACCUGGGGAACGUGGAGUUCAUAGCUGCAGUCUUUGAGAACCUGGAUUCCUCCGACGUGAUGGACACGCCUGCCUUCCCCACCGUGGUGAAGUUGCUGGAGGUGACGCGCCAGGCCCUCCGGGACUGUCUCAUCAAGCACUCCAUCGUCAUCCGCGGAGAGGUUGUCACCAGGCCUCUGAACAUCGCCCAGGCUGCCGACCGGAGGGAUGCCUUUGUCAAGGGCAUCUAUGGGCACCUCUUCCUGUGGAUUGUCAAGAAGAUCAAUGCUGCGAUUUUCACUCCGCCUGCCCAGGUCUGCAAAAAUGUGCAAAGGGCCAUCGGCCUCCUGGACAUAUUUGGCUUUGAAAAUUUCCAGAACAAUAGCUUCGAGCAGCUCUGCAUCAACUUGGCCAACGAGCAUCUGCAGCAGUUCUUUGUGCGGCACGUGUUCACCCUGGAGCAGGAGGAGUACCGCUCCGAGGGCAUCGCCUGGGACUUCAUCCACUACACCGACAACCAGCCCACCCUGGACCUGCUGGCCCUCAAGCCCAUGAGCGUCAUCUCCCUGCUGGAUGAGGAGAGCCGCUUCCCACAGGGGACAGACAUCACCAUGCUGCAAAAACUGAACAGUGUCCAUGCCAACAACAAGGCCUUCCUGCAGCCCAAGAACAUCCAUGAUGCCAGAUUCGGCAUUGCCCACUUUGCCGGCGAGGUGUACUACCAGGCAGAAGGCUUCUUGGAGAAGAACCGAGACGUACUGAGCACAGAUAUCCUCACCCUGGUCCACUCCUCCCAAAACAAGUUCCUGAGGGGAAUCUUCCUGUUGGAGUCAGCAGACAUCAAGCUAGGCCACGGAACCAUCCUCCGGGGCAAGGCAGGGAGCCAGCUCUUCAAGUCUGCAGACACUGGCAGGCGGUCUGCCACCUUGGCUGGCCAGUUCAAGCAGUCCCUGGACCAGCUGAUGAAAAUCCUGACCAACUGCCAGCCCUACUUCAUCCGCUGCAUCAAACCCAAUGAGUACAAGAAACCGCUGCUCUUCGACCGGGAGCUGUGCCUGCGGCAGCUGCGCUACUCGGGCACCAUGGAGACUGUGCGCCUCCGCAAGCUGGGCUUCCCCCUGCGCUACACCUUCACGCAGUUCGCCAUGCGCUUCGGCGUCCUGCUGCCCAGCACGGCCCGCCAGCAGCUUCAGGACAAGUCUCGACAGAUGACGCUGUGUAUUGCUGAGAAGUGGCUGGGGACAAACAGUGACUGGAAAGUGGGAAAGACUAAAAUUUUCCUGAAGGACGGACAGGACACACUGCUGGAGCUGCAGAGGAGCCGGGCCCUGGAAAAUGCAGCGAUUAGCAUCCAGAGAGUCCUGCGGGGCUACAAACACAGGAAGGAGUUUCUGAGGCAGCGGCAGGCAGCUGUGACUCUUCAGGCUGGGUGGAGAGGCUACUGCAACCGACGGGACUUCCAGCUGAUCCUGCUGGGGUUCGAACGCCUGCAGGCCAUCACCCGGAGCCACCUGCUAGCGAAGCAGUACCAGGCCAUGCGGCAGAGGGUGGUCCAGCUGCAGGCCCGCUGCAGGGGCUUCCUGGUGCGCCAGCAGGUCCAGGCCAAGAGGAGGGCAGUGCUGGUCAUCCAGGCGCAUGCCAGGGGCAUGGCUGCCCGGCGGGACUUGCGACGGCAGGAAGCCAAUGUAGGUGGUCACUGCCCUCGAGAGCAGGGGCUGCCGGUCACCCCUGCCGGAAAGAAGAAAGGCCCGAGUGCCCCGCCCACCCAGAAGCGCAAGUCCAUCUACAACACCAUCACCGACACGGAGAUGGUGGAGCAAGUGUUCGGCUUCCUCCCAUCCAUGAUCGGGGGGCAGGAGGGCCAGGCCUCACCUCGCUUCGAGGAUCUGGAAACAAAGGCCCAGCACUUGCCCGAGGUCGACCUGGACACAGUCCCCAUGGUGGAAGAGGCGGAGGAGGACAUGGACGGCCUAGCCGAGUACAGCUUCGCCAAGUUCGCCGCCACCUACUUCCAGAAAUCGGCCAGCCACACGCACAUCCGGAAACCCCUCCGGCACCCACUGCUGUACCACGAGGAUGAUGCCGACUGCUCGGCUGCCCUGGCUGUGUGGGGCAUCAUCCUGAGAUUCAUGGGCGACCUUCCGGAGCCAGUGCUCUUUGCCAGGAAGAGUGGCAGCUCAGUGGUGCGGCCGGCUCGCGACGCCGGGCACAGGGACGGCAGCACCCAGCCUCCACAGCACGGGUCUGCACAGAGGCCCAGCCUCAGGGACAGAAGGAUCAAAGACAUCUCCUCCAUGAAGCUGAAGCGCUCGGCCCAGAUCACGGGCCAGGUGGCAAGCCGACUGAGUAUUGGAGAGGAGGCAUUUGAGUCUGAGGGCUCCAUCUCAGACCGCCCCAUGUCCAACCUGGAGAAGGUGCACUUUAUUGUGAGCUAUGCCGUCCUGAAGCCCAGCCUCAGGGACGAGAUUUACUGCCAGAUCUGCAAGCAGCUGUCAGAGAACUUCAAAAUGAGCAGCCUGGCUCGGGGCUGGAUCCUGCUCAGCCUCUGUUUGGGCUGCUUCCCACCCUCUGAGAGGUUCAUGAAGUAUUUGCUGAACUUCAUUGGUGAAGGGCCAGCCAGCUACGGGCCCUUCUGUGCUGAGCGCCUGAGACGCACCUGUGCCAAUGGGGUACGCACGGAGCCCCCAACUUGGCUGGAACUUCAGGCUGUCAAGUCCAAGAAGCACAUCCCGAUCCACGUCAUCCUGGUGACCGGAGAGAACCUGAUAGUCACCGUGGACUCCGCCUCCACAUCACGAGAAGUCUGCCUGCACAUCGCUCGCAAGCAGGGCCUCAGGGACCACCUGGGCUUCUCCCUCCAGGUCGCUGUGUAUGACAAGUUCUGGUCUCUGGGCAGUGGGCGUGACCAUGUCCUGGACGCCAUCAGCCAGUGUGAGCAGCUGGCCCGGGAGAGGGGUGAGAGCGAGCGCCAGGCGCCCUGGCGCCUGUACUUCCGGAAGGAGUUCUUCACCCCCUGGCACGAUCCCCACGAGGAUGCCGUCAGCACCGAGCUCAUUUACCGCCAAGUCAUCCACGGAGUCCGGUCCGGCGAGUACAGCUUCGAGAAGGAGGAGGAGCUGGUGGAGCUGCUGGCUGGGCACUGCUACGUGCAGCUGGGCGCCGCGGCGGGGAGAGCCGCGGUCCAGGAGCUGCUGCCUGGCGUCAUCCCCGCCAAGUUGUACAGGACCAAGCCCCCGGAGAACUGGGCUCGCCUCGUCUCUGCUGCCCAUGCCAAGGCACCCUACACCCAGGAGCGGGCAGCACCGCGGGCCGUGCAGGAGCAAGUGGUCCAGACCGCCCGCCUGCAGUGGCCGCUGCUCUUCUCCAGACUCUUUGAAGUCACCACUGUUUCUGGCCCCCGGCUGCCCAAAGCCCAGUUGAUCUUGGCUGUGAACUGGAAGGGGCUGGAUUUCCUGGACCAGAAGGAGAGGACCCUCCUGGAACUCUCCUUCCCAGAGGUCAUGAGCAUGAUCACCAACAGGCAGGCCCAGGGUGGGCAGAGGCUGCUGCUGUCCACGCUGCAUGAAGAGGAGUACGAGUUCGUGUCCCCCAGCAGCGUGGCCAUUGCCGAGCUGGUGGCCAUGUUUCUGGAGGGCUUGAAAGAGAGGUCCGUGUUCGCCAUGGCCCUGCAGGACCAGAAAGCCACAGAGGAUGUCAACCUCCUGGCCUGUAAGAAGGGGGACCUGCUGAUCCUGACAAAGAAGCAGGAGCCGCUGGCCUCCGAGAACUGGACCCUGGGCCAGAAUGCCCGGACAGGCCGGACGGGGCUGGUGCUCACCACCUGCCUCUACGUCAUCCCCACAGUCACCAAGCCCUCGGCACAGCUGCUGAGCUUGCUCGCGAUGUCGCCAGAGAAGCGGAAGCUGGCCACCCAGGCAGAAGCUGGCCACCCUGCAGAAGCCCUGUCUGAGGAGCAGGCCCAGGAGAAGCAGCACACCCUGGAGGAAUUCUCCUACGAGUUCUUCAGGGCCCCGGAGAAGGAGACAGUCAGCAGAGCCAUGUUCCACCUGGCCCGGUCCCGAGGCCACCUGUGGGCUCACUCCUCCGAGCCUCUGCGGCAGCCUCUGCUCAAGCGCGUCCACGCCAACACGGAGCUGCGGGACGCGGCCUGCCAGAUCUUCAUCGCCAUCCUCAAGUUCAUGGGCGACUACCCGUCCCGGCAGUCCUGGAGCCCCGUGGAGCUCACCGACCAGAUCUUCUCAUGGGCCCUGCAGGACGCGGCCCUGCGGGACGAGGUCUACUGUCAGCUCCUGAAGCAGCUGACGCACAACCCCGUGAGGCUCAGCGAAGAGCGGGGCUGGCAGCUGCUUUGGCUCUGUGCUGGCCUCUUCCCCCCUGGCAAGGCACUGCUGCCCCACGUCCAGAAGUUCAUAGACACAAGGAGGACCCAGCUCCUGGCCCCCGACAGCAGCCGCCGCCUCCAGAGGGUCCUGAGGGCGGGCCCCCGCAAGCAGCCCCCGCACCCGGUGGAGGUGGAGGCCGCGGAGCAGGCCGUCUCCCGGCUCUGCCACAAAGUCUUCCUGCCCAACGGCACCAGCGAGAUGCUGGAGGUGGGCGCCCACACCCGGGUGCGGGACGUGUGCGAAGGCAUCGCGGCCCGGCUGCAGCUGGUGUCCUGGGAAGGCUGCAGCCUCUUCAUCAAGAUUGCGGACAAGGUCAUCAGCCAGAAGGAGGCAGACUUCUUCUUCGACUCCUUGCGGCACGUGUCAGACUGGGUGAAGAAAAGCAAGCCUCAGAAAGAAGGGGCCCCUGUGACUCUCCCCUACCAGGUCUACUUCAUGCGCAAGCUGUGGCUCAAUGUGGCCCCAGGGAAGGACCUGAGGGCGGACACCAUACUCCAUUACCACCAGGAGCUGCCCAAGUACCUGCGUGGGUUCCACAAGUGUCUGCAGGAGGACGCUGUCCAGCUGGCCGGCCUCAUCUACAAGGCCCAGUAUGACAAUGACCAGUCCCAGCUAGCCAACAUCCCCAAGAUCCUGAGGGAGUUGGUGCCCGAGAAUCUCAUGCGCCUCAUGUCCUCGGAGGAAUGGAAAAAGGGCAUCCUGCUGGCCUACCAGCAGCACCGUGACAAGACGGUGCAGGAGGCCAAAGUGGCCUUCCUGAAGUGGGUCAGCCGCUGGCCCACAUUCGGGUCUGCCUUCUUCGAGGUGAAGCAAACCUCGGAGCCCUCCUACCCAGACAUCAUCCUCAUCGCCAUCAACCGGCACGGGGUUCUGCUCAUUCACCCCAAGACCAAGGAGCUGCUCAUCACGUACCCGCUCACCAAGAUCUCCAGCUGGAGCAGCGGCAGCACGUACUUCCACAUGACACUGGGGAGCCUUGUCCGGGGCAGCCGCUUGCUGUGCGAGACCUCUCUGGGCUACAAGAUGGAUGACCUGCUGGCCUCGUAUGUGCAGCAUCUCGUGGGCACGGUGGACAAGCAGCAGGGUGCCCGGGCCCAAACCCUGGCCAACCCCUAGCAGCGGGGAUCACGCGCCCUCCCUCCCGAUCCGAUGCGGUGGGCCCGGCUGCCUUCCUGCAGGAGGCCUUUCAUGCUGCAUCUCCCCAAGCACACUCCACACCCCUCACACUCCAGGCAGGGCCCCUACCUGGGGUGCGGACCGUGGGGCCGAAGGAGAGCCCAAGGUGGGGCAGGGUGCCAGGCCUCUAGGCCAGGGGUGCCU